GAACAUCUCCUCAGAGAGAGAGAGAGAGAGCGUGGCUCUUCAGAAAUUCAAUUUCAAAUCUCACGGCUUGUUCUGAUUCACUUCUGAAUUCACGGACUUGUUUCCGAAAGCCAAGGCCCUCGUUUGGCAGCUGACACUUCCGAAAUUGCGAAGCGGUGGCUGCUGCUCAAGGCUUUCUCUGCAAAGAGUAAUAAUCCUACGAUUCGAACGCUUAAUUCGAGCUAAGCUAUUGCGGUUCUUCCAAGAAAGAACCGUUUCUUACAGUCAAGUGGAUCCAAGGAAACUUGAGUUGGGGUUUCGGAAAUCUGUUUGGAUAUUUACCAGUUUCCAUGCUAUGUUUUUUAUUCUGUCAGUGUUGGGUAUUUCGCCAUGAGGGGUUCCGUGUCACGUUUGAAGCCCUGAAACCCACUAACUUGAUGAGUGCUUGGAAAGGCUCUUGCUUGCUGGAUUUCAGUUUCUACUUUUCGUGAUUGUAGAAUCGGAAGAUUUUGACUAACAUGGGAACUCCCUUCCGCAGUGGAAUUCUAAGAAAACCGAAUGAGACAAUGAGGCUUAUUGUAACAACUUUGGUUGGAGUUAUAUUCGGCUUCUUUAUGGGAAUAUCAUUUCCAACACUCUCAUUAACCAAGAUGAAUCUUCCAACCAGCCUUUUUCCUUCCAUUGAUCUCGCAUAUAUUGAAGGCAAGUACUCAGGGCUUUCAACUGGAGCAUUGUUGCAUGCUUGGUCUUCUUUGAAGGGUAAUGGAGUCCGCUCCACUCGGCUUUACAAGUUUAAUGAUACAAAGAUUUGGGUUCCGACAAAUCCUCGAGGGGCCGAAAGACUACCUCCUGGUAUUGUUGCAUCUGAGUCUGAUUUUUUUCUCCGCCGACUUUGGGGUCAGCCUAGCGAGGACUUAACCAUCAAGCCAAAGUAUCUUGUUACCUUCACUGUUGGUUAUGAUCAGAGAAACAAUAUUGAUGCGGCGGUUAAAAAGUUCUCUGAGAACUUCACCAUUCUCUUGUUUCACUAUGAUGGUCGGACAAGUGAAUGGGAGGAGUUUGAAUGGUCAAGGAGAGCUAUCCAUGUGAGUGCUCGGAAACAAACCAAAUGGUGGUAUGCCAAACGUUUUCUGCAUCCUGACAUUGUUGCUGCCUACGACUACAUUUUUAUGUGGGAUGAGGAUCUUGGAGUGGAGCAUUUUGAUGCGGAGGAAUAUAUAAAAUUGGUGAGGAAGCAUGGUUUGGAGAUUUCACAGCCUGGUUUAGAACCAAAUCAGGGAUUAACAUGGCAGAUGACAAAGAGGAGAGGCAAUGGCGAAGUUCACAAGGACACUGAGGAGAAACCUGGAUGGUGUACUGAUCCACAUUUGCCACCCUGUGCUGCGUUUGUUGAGAUCAUGGCAACUGUAUUUUCGCGGGAUGCAUGGCGUUGUGUUUGGUACAUGAUUCAGAACGAUCUGGUUCAUGGAUGGGGUCUAGAUUUUGCUCUUAGGAAAUGUGUAGAGCCUGCACACGAGAAAAUAGGAGUUGUAGAUGCUCAAUGGAUUGUUCAUCAAAGUGUUCCUUCACUCGGGAACCAGGGACAAGCAGAGAGUGGGAGGGCACCUUGGGAAGGGGUUAGAGAGAGGUGUAGGAGAGAAUGGAAAAUGUUCCAAGAGCGAAUGGUUAAUGCGGAAAAAGAACAUUUUAUGGCGAUGGGAAAGGAUGCACCAAAUUCCACAGCUCGUUAGAUUAGAAAACAAUGGGUUGGGAGGGAAACUCUGUAAAUUUGCCACUUCAUUGUGCUUGGAGUUGCUGAUGAAGACACUACACUACUUCCACUCGUACUGUUUUUAAUUUUAAUAUAAACUAUUUCCUAUAUAUGUUGGUUAAUUCAAACUGACACGUCAUAAAUUUAUAAAUUUUAAGUUUCUAUGUACAAUUUAAUAAAAAUUCUAUCUUUUUAAGAAUAUAAGCCCCUAUUCAAACCUGCUCAGUUUCUAUUCAAAAAUUACUUUCGACAAAGAAAAUAAUAGUUACACAAUUAUUUUUAUAAAAUAAUUUAUAAAAAAUAAUAUUGUUUUUAUAUAAAUAUCUUAAUUUUAAAAUAUAGUAAUAAAAAAAUAUUAAAUUGGGUCCCACUCUGUCAGAAUUAUUAUUAUAAGUCUGACAGAGACGCUUGCGCGCGUUCUCGCUCUUUUAAUUUUUCGAUGGAAAAUUACUGCGAUUUUUUUCAAAUUCAAAUUUCUAUUAAUAUGAUUUUUAUUUAUUUAAUUUUUUAAUAAAUAUGUAAUAUAGAAAUAAAGGUGAAAUAAUUUAAUUAAUUUAGUAAAAAUAAAAUAAUAAAUAAAUAAAAAAUGUGAUGAUGUAUGGAAUGAGGAGUUUGUAAAGCCGUUUCAAAAUAUAUUGAAUUUCCAUUUUUGGGCACUCGUCUUUUCACUUCUACGGAGUAUAUUGUCAAUUCGCGCUCUCGGGAAAUGAACUCGGCGACCACUUCUUGUGAAGCCGACGAAUGGGAGCUUUAUAACGACGAUGGCUUCGUCUACAAGCGUAAGAAGCGCCGCCUCGACCCAGCGGCCGCUGCACAGACCCCGUCGAAUACGGAUCCCGAGGCGGAGGAGAGGAAUCAGAGGGAGCGUAAGAGAGCGACGCUGCUGAAACUGAAGGCACGGUACCAGAGUGAGAUCGACCGGUGGGAGCUUUUAUCGGACGCCUUGCGUGCAAUGGAGGAGAAAUACCGUCACUGUCAGAGUCAGAGUUCGGUCAGACAGCAACAAUUAAGCGAACGAGAGGAAAAAGAGCCCACGGCGUCGUUCAGUGCUUCGUCUUUGCAUUUGCCUGAAUUUGUUAAUGGGUCACUCGUGGAUGAGCUUCUCUUACAGGUGGAAGCCGAGGAAGCGGUAAUUCAUGAUGUCUCACAUCUAUGUGAUGUAGCAGAAGCUAUGUGCAGUGCACAAGAGGAACGGUUGAAGCAAUCUUUAAUCGAUCUUCCAAUAUGGGCUUCACCACAUGAGCUCAUUGCAUCAUUGUGUGAUAAUUGAGUUUUAUCAGGAUGUGGAGGGAAAACAGUUGAAGCCAGUGGUAUGUUUGAAAACUUCAUCUGUAAGCUGUAACAGUAAUUUUAGUGCUUCAAGAAGAAGGCCUUGCUAUUGUAAUCCGUUGUCAUGUAGAACUCUCUACUUUCAGACAGAUGGGAAAAAGUUACUAGAGUUUAGUGUUUUUUAAUUUUAGAUCAUGCGAUUUAUUAGGGGCUGUUGUAAUUGAACUAACCAUCUAAUGAAUGGAGAGAAGAUGGGGGAAUACCUGAAGUAACUUCCGAGUUUCUGAUCAAA